AUGAAGGAGCAGCAGCAUCCGCACCCGCAGCCGCUGUUCGACAGAACUGAUUUCGUGCCCAGUCACACGGGCGACGACAUUCUCCCUGCCGAUCCCCUGUUCACCCGCUUGCUAACUCUGGCACACCGACCCAACCCGAGGCCGGCGAUACGCGACGUCAAUGCAGGGAUUGAACGGACAGCCGCCCAGCUGUUGAGCGAUGUCCUCAUCCUGCGACGGGUCCUGAGAGAUUCUCUCACACCCCAGGUCGUGGAUGACCUGCGGAAUGGACGGGAAGUGUUCGUCAGUCUCCUCGCCCCUGGCGGGUAUGAGUUUGUCGUGGGCGUGUUGGCCAUCAUGGCCUUGGGCGCCGCUGCCAGUCCGUUCAGCAACGCACAGCCCGUGAAGGAGGCUUGCUACUACGUCAACAAGGCGCAUUCGGUGGCGCUUGUCACGGCAACUCCAGCUCUCGAGCUUGGUCAGGCUGUGACCCGCGAAAUCCAAGGCACGACAAAUGCAGAUUUUGCCUUUGUGCCCGUCAAUGCAAUCGAGAGACAACCGCCGGUUGCGUUGGACAAGAUCAAGAUCUCCUCGAAUCGCUACCACGAUCCCAAUGCACCGGGGGUGGUCAUCUUCACUUCUGGCACGACAGGGCCCCCAAAGGGCGCCGUGCUCAAACGCGCGGCCAUGAUUGAAGGUUCUCUAUCGUUUGCGCAGCAGAUCGGUCUACGGGAGACAGACACCCUUCUGCACCAGCUUCCCGUGCACCACGCCACGGGCAUAUGGGUCUCGUUCUUCCCUUUUAUCCAAUCAGGCGCCUGCAUCGAGUUCAAGCCCGGCAGUUUCGAUCCCGAAUGGACGUGGAAUCGGUGGCGGCAAGGUGGCCUGACGCAUUACACGGGCGUGCCGACAAUCUACAUGAGAAUGAUGCGGUAUUACCUCGAGCGCGCUACGAAGCUUCCGCCGGCCGGGGUGAGAAGUUACAGAGAUGCUGCCGCGGCCUUCAAGGUCUGCUUGUGCGGCACCUCGGCCUUGCCGAAGCCCAUCAACGAUUUCUGGACCAGUCUCUUGGGCCGCAGGAUCGUCCAACGGUAUGGGUCGACGGAGCUGGGCGUUAUCUUCAACAUGGCCGUCAAUCCGAGCGAAGACAUCCCCGAUGGCUCCGUCGGCGAAUUGUCAUACGGAGUCGACGUCAAGCUCUCCGAGGGCGACGAAGGGGAAGUGCUCGCCAAAUCCUGCAACAUGUUCUCCAAAUACCUCCACGAUCCCGAAGCGACGGCAAACGCCCAUGAUGCGGAUGGCUACUUCAAGUCUGGAGACGUGGCCAGACGGGUCGGGAGAUACUACUACAUCGUGGGUCGCGCGUCGGUAGACAUCAUCAAGUCUGGCGGGUACAAGAUUUCGGCCCUGGAUAUAGAGCGAGAGCUGCUGGCACUGCCGUACAUCGGAGAAGCCAUGGUGGUGGGUGUGCCUGACAUGGAGUUCGGGCAACGAGUCGGUGCCGUCGUGUCACUCCGGGAUGACGAGGUUGCUCAACAGUUUUACAAGGAGAAGAAUCGAGACCCGGAGAAGUUGAGCCUGGCUGACUUACGCGAUGACGUACGAGACCGGCUUGCCGGAUACAAGCUGCCAACACUCUUGCGGCUUGUCAAGGGUGAGUUGCCCAAGAGUGGCACGGGCAAAGUGGUCAAGAAGACCUUGGGCCCUCAGUACUUCCCUCAGAAUUACCAGGCAGAUCGAGAAGUGCAAGUCUGGAGCAACAAGUCAGUGCCCCGAACAGCCAAGUUAUGA